GUUUGUGUACUGAUGACAGUCACUGCCAUAGGAAUGUACUGUGCCCGAUGGAUUUUUACAAGUCAGACGCUAGAUGCUUUUGCGAAGAAUAACUACAAAUUUGUUAACUUUAGUCAUAUUGCUGUAUGGGAUGAAGUUCUUGCAUCUUUCAUCUCCGCCAUCGUUUUUCUAUGUACCCUUCGUCUCAUGCAGGUACUUAGCUACAACAACCGAAUUACACAGCUUAUUGCAGUACUAAAUCACUGUUCUGGGGAUUUGAUUGCUUGUGCUAUCAUAUUUGGAAUUGUAUAUUUUGCUUAUGUGCUUGUUGGUUAUCUUCUGUUUGGACGUGUUUUGUCUACGUACAGGAACAUCCUAAUUGCCAUGACUACAAUUACUAACGCUUUGAUUGGUCGGAAUAGCAUAACAAAUUUGAUAGAAGCGUCACCAAUUUUUGCACAGUUUUAUUACGUCACAUUUGUAUUUUUUGUCAUGUGGGUUCUCAUGACAAUGAUAAAUGCUACCCUGAAUAAGAGCAUAUCUAUUAUCAGACGCCAACAACAUCAGGAUGCAGCACCAUUUGGCAUACACAACUUAGCAAAACGUAUGCUUAAUGAUUUUGUGGCUUCUCUUAAGGCAAAUCAAUCCAAACAGAGUAUUGGUAAAAGUAAACCGUCCAGCAACAAAGAGACACCCGUCACAACUGAAGAACAGAAUAAUAUCCAUUUCACUGAGGAGCUUCUUGAAGUUGAUCUAGAUGUUGAAAACAAACAUGAUGAGGAACCAGACGAUAAGGACCCAGAUAUAAUUUGUAAAGAAACACCAUCAAUUACAGAGGUGUAAUUGUGCAUUUUAACCAUUAUUUUCUUAACCUCUGAGCAAAACUCUCUUCCAUGGCAGUUUCAAUUGAAAUAAAAUCAUAACAAAACAAACAAGGGCCUAAUUGAGGCACAAUAUACACCCGUCGCCAGACUUUGAUGGAGAAACAGUAUUUGACUGAAUAACCAAGUUGUCUUGGAAUAAUCUGUAUAUCAUUUGGGGAAGUUAUAGC